GCCGCAGCCAUGGCGGUCAGCCGGGCGCUCGCCCUGCGCUUGGCCUACGCGGCCGCCGGAGCCCUCACGGGCCUCUCGGCUUUCUUCACAUGGAGCCUGGCGCCGGCUUUCCGCCAGCCCGCCACGGCAGCGGCCGGGGGGCUCUCGGGUGUUCUGGCGCUCUGGGCCCUAAUCACCCAUGUGAUGUAUGUGCAGGAUUACUGGAGGACCUGGUUAAAAGGGCUGAGGUUCUUCCUCUUCAUUGGCAUCCUCUUCUCAGCUCUCUCAGUGGUGGGAUUCUGCACUUUCCUCGCUCUGGCCAUCACCAAACACCACUCCCUGACUGAUCCCAGGAGCUAUUACCUGUCUUGUGUCUGGAGCUUCAUCUCCUUCAAGUGGGCUUUCCUGCUCAGCCUCUACUCCCACCGCUACAGGAAUGAGUUUGCAGACAUCAGCAUCCUCAGUGACUUCUGACACUUGGACUCAACCCUUGGCUGAAGGUGCUGGAUGUUGGAAUUGCCACCACCCCCCUCCCUCCCUCCCCAAAGGCAUUGGCACACACAGGGGAUGCUGGAGAGGAGGAGGAGGAGGAGGGGGAAGCCACCCAGUGCUGCUUGCUUUGGCUCUCUGCAGUAGGGGGGUGUUUCCUCCUUGCUUUUACUCACCCAUUUGAAGUCUGGCUGAUGGUGUCAAUCUCUGGAGCUGCCCUGGGAGUCCCUGUGGCAGGCAGGGAGCUGAAAGGCUCCACAUGCUCACACACAGCAGGCCCAGACCCACUCCUUGUGUUGCCCUGAAGAUCCAGGGGAGCUUUUGGGUGGGGAGGAAGCUCUCCAGGAGCUGUGGGCUCACACCCCCUGGGUGCAGCACCCCCCAGGACUUGUCCUUGGCUGCCUCAGCUGUGGGUGGCAGAGCCCUGCUGUGUGACAGCUCCUUUUGCUCCUCAGAGAAGAAGGCAGAGACAAAGCUGUCUGUGGCAGGGAUUCCCCAUGUACCUCCCAGAGCAGGUGCUCUGUGCUCUCAGCCCAUUUUCCUCCCUGCUGGGAGGUUCUUGGCCUGUCCUCUCUGUGGCCUCAGCCCAGGGCUGUGCUCUGGCCUCUCCACCCUCCCAGGCUCCAUCUGCACCUUUCACUGCUCUUUUCCUUUGGGAGGUGAGUGGCUCAAGCACACAGUCACUCCCUGGGGCAUUUGGGAGGUGCUUUGACACCCCCUCUUGAUCCCAUUCUCCUUGGUUCUGGGGUAGGGGUGACUUCACUGCAUGGAGGAACAUCUUUGGGCCACAACCAGGGCCCUAAACCCAGACCAAAGCUGCCAGUGUGAGAUGAGCUUUGCUUAGGAGAUGGAUGCCUGAGCUUUUCAGCACUGAAACCUCUUCUCCUGCUGCCACCAGGCUGGAGCUGGAUUAACUCACCUCCCUCCUCUGCCCAAAGCCUUUGGCACCCACUGGGGUGUUUGUGAGUGGUUUCAUCUCAUGUCUUACCCCCCAGUGUUCACUGGGCUGCUGCAGAGCUCCAAAACCCCACCUCACAGGAUGCUGGGGAUGGCAAAACCCAGCUCAGCUCAGGCUGCUGGAGCUCUGCUGCUGCCCUGGCCCCAAACCCUCAUCCCUGGCACCACCUUGUGCUGCCCUGGCCCCAAACCCUCAUCCCUGGCACCACCUUGUGCUGCCCUGGCCCCAAACCCUCAUCCCUGGCACCACCUUGUGCUGCCCUGGCCCCAAACCCUCAUCCCUGGCACCACCUUGUGCUGCCCUGGCCCCAAACCCUCAUCCCUGGCACCACCUUGUGCUGCCCUGGCCACAAACCCUCAUCCCUGGCACCACCUUGUGCUGCCCUGGCCCCAAACCCUCAUCCCUGGCACCACCUUGUGCUGCCCUGGCCCCAAACCCUCAUCCCUGGCACCACCUUGUGCUGCCCUGGCCCCAAACCCUCAUCCCUGGCACCACCUUGGAGCCUCCUGCAGCUCCUCUCUUGGACACGUGGCCCAAAGGCCCUGUCUGCUCACCCACUUGAUUUCUGGGGGCAGAUGCUCAAGCAGCUCACUGACUCCAACCCCCUCCUUUGCUUUUCCCUCCUUGAUGUGUUUUAGCUCUGGGAUUUCUUCCUCAGCAUCUCUUUAACCCUUUGUGUCUGCAGAGACCAAACCUCUGCCAUGCUUUGCCCACACAGCUAUGUGAGGCCAGGCCCUGGAGGGGGGUUGGUGCCACUUGGGGAGGUUCCAUCUCUGCACCCCAGUGUCUCCUUGUACUAAACCACACCCCACAAACCUGGAUGUGACAGGAAGGGCAGAAAUACACUCACCUUCCCCACCAAA